GCCGGCCGGGCGAGGAGGCGGCGCCCAGGAGGGCGGAGGCGGCGGCGGCGGGGCCUGCCGGGCUUCCCUCCCUCGCUUCCUGGCGGCGGCCAAUCUCGCCUCGCGACCCGCCGCGUCCGGCCUGAGCGGCGUCGGGCACCGGGCGAGGGGCUCCGAGCGGCGCGGCGCGCUGCCUCCGCCCGGCCGGGUCCGCGCAGCAUGGGUAAGGGGCGUCCCUGAGGCGGCGGGGGGGGGGAGGGGCGCCUCAUGGAAAUGGCGGGUCCUGCUCCCCCCCCGCCCCGCCUUCCCUUCCUCACCAGGGACUGGCGGCGUGAGAGAGAGGGCGGCUUGCCUCGCACUCCGGGUAUAAUGGGGGGGGGACAGGGCUCCCCUCCCGGGGUUGCUGCUGCCGCCCAAGGGGCUUCACAGCCAGCCCCCCCCCCGCAUUCCGAGCCGGAGGGAUCGCCCCACCUGGGAAGCGGGAGGGGCUUCCUCCGAAGCGGGAAGCGAGUGGCCGGGCUUGGCGGCCCCUUUGCAGCCUCUCCUCCUCCUCCUCCUCCUCCAUUUUGGAAGGAGGCAAAAGGCUUCCUCCUUCAUCCCAGAGGUGGGCGCCCAUUGCUCGGGGCCGGGGAAGCCCCUGGCGCCUGCCGCGCUGCUUCCCGGCCCUCCGGCCAGGUCCUUCUUCCGAGCCUGACUCUGGCGCCGCGUUGCUGCGCGAAAGGCCUCUUGUUGUCAAGCAGCCCCCAGACUUGAGGAAUAUUCUGCGUGCUCCUCUGACCCCACGCUUUGCUUUCAGAUGAAAGUUUCAGGCAAAGUUGCUGCAGCCUGUGGGGGAGUUAAAGGAUGGUUUGGUUUUCUCUGUCGAGUAUAAGGGCCACUGUCUCUCAACAGUUCCCUUUAAGAUUAAAUUGGAAUUACAAGGGACAGUUGGGAAAUUUCACGUAACCUGAUCCUGUGUACGAUUUAGAAGUCAAUAAUUGCUUAUCCAGAGGAACCUAAUUCCAAACAAAUGUUUGUGUUUGUUGAAUGUCUUGAUGGUUUUGGAAAUAAACCCACAAAAAGAUACCAGCAAAGCCUGAAUCCCCCUGAACAUAUUGAGGAACAGCACGCUUGCAAAAUGAUGCAUGUUUUCAAAAUUGUAAAAGGGAGAGGAUAUUCAUGUGAAAGAAGAACACCUGUGGACAGAGUAGCGUUGGAGGCUAGCUGGGAAAGAAUUCAUUGAGCCACAGAGAGUAGAAAAAUUUAAUGAGAAACUAAUGACAUGCAGUUCUUUGGAGAAGACAUUUGGGAGGUGGCAGUGGAAGUUACAGAAGGCUACAUUUCAAAAAGCAACUGUAUAUAGUUAUUGAAAAUAAUAAAAUCCACGUAACAAAUGCCAUGUAAUAACUGGAGGAAGUGCCCAAUGGCUUGUUUUUACUCUUUAAUUACCACUUGCUUUAAACGUGGCUCAACAGUGAUUCUGGCUUCUUUUAUAUGAAAAUAAUAUACGGUAUAUGUUGUGUAUUGUAAUGUUGCUUGAUAAAACUUGAUUAUUUUUCUUCCUUGGGAAGAGGAUGCUGUUGCUGAUGGGCUUUGCUCUACAUUUGACCACCUCUAAAUUGGAAAGUACUGAAGCAAAGCCCAAGACUCCAGCAUAUGCUGUCAGUGAUCACAUAGUGUAGCAAAAGAAGCACUGUGUGCCUAACUUCUUAGUAAGAAAGAAAAGUUUUUCUUUGGAGUUUGUCUGUCUACAAGUUACACCUUUCUCUUUGUUCAGAGGUAAAUUUGUUGUCCGUUACCUCUUGCAUAAUUUUAAUUACCUUUGUUUCCUGCUAACUGGGCAGUUUUCAAAGAUGAAAAGACCUGAUUUGCAUGUCUUGCUAAACCAUGGUUUAACAAGAUGAGGAGGAGGAAGCUGACAAGAGCCUCAGGCUUCCAUGUUCUGCUUUCUUCAUCCCGCACAGCUUGGUAGAAGGACUUGGGAAGCUUUUUUCCUAAGUCCCUGAAUCACAUGUGACUGUUCAGCCAUCACUUCCUUCUGCCUGCGAGGCCAAAAAAGGUUAACCAUCCUUGAUUUAGUGUGACAGGUGAACUAGGCUAGAAGUUCUGAUUCAGAAAUUCUUGCAUAUUACACUGGUCAACAACAAAUUUGUUGUCUGUGUUUUUUUAGUUGAUUUAGGACAAAUCUAAUGUGCUGAAUCCAAAAAUCACAUUGGUAUUGCUCAAUCAGGUCAAGUUUUUGAGCUAUGGCCACAUGUCAUUUUUUUACAUUUUUGUUCACAUUUAUGCUUGUGUGGAGCAUUUUAGAAGAAGUUGGUGGGGGUAAAAUGCCAUGUCGAAUAAUUGUUUUGAUUGGAAAUGAUUAUUUUAAUGACAAGAAGUAUUCAGGUCCGAUAGUUCUGGGUGAUUAUGUCGAAAAGGGAUCAGUUUGAAGUCAUAAAACCUCGAAAUCUUCCAUAAAUUGGUGCAGCUGGGAGCAACAGAAAGAACCGGAGCAGCCUCAAGUAUCCUGAUCUUCAAUCAGCACGUCGUCCUGUAGCUCAUUGUGAUGAAAUUCCAGUGCCUAUCUUCGGAGAACUUCCUGACAUUAGUGACAAAGAUGCCUCCAGUGUUGAAGGACGUGAAGAAGAAGUGGUUCUUGAAGAUGAUGCUCCACAUCCAUUUUCCCCAAAGGAGUUGAAUGAUCUAGUUCGCGACCUCAGCUUGUCAAAGGACUCUGCCGAACUGUUGGCAUCCAGAUUGAAGGAAAAAAAACUCCUCUCUGACAGUGCUCGCAUCAGCUUCUUCCGCAACAGGCAUCAAGAGUACCUCCGUUUUUUCUUGGAAGAGAAGAACUUGGUGUACUGUGCAGAUAUUGCGCAGCUUCUGCUCAAGCUUCGUGCCAUAGUACGAACCCAAAGAUUGGAGACUGUUCAUUGACAGCAGCAAGCGAUCACUGAAAUGUGUUCUGCUACACAACAGCAACCAGUUUGCCUCUAUACCCCUGGCUCACUCGAGUACACUGAAGGAGAACUAUGAAGCGGUGAAGUAUGUGCUGGAGAAAAUUGGUUAUGAUCCGCAUAAGUGGUUUAUUUGUGUUGACCUGAAGAUGGUGAACUUUUUGUUGGGACAACAGUCUGGCUUCACCAAGUACCCAUGUUUUCUGUGCAUGUGGGAUAGUAGGGACCGUGCUCAGCAUUACACGAAGAAGGACUGGCCUGUGCGGGAGGAAUUAGUGCCUUGCAAAGAAAGGAACGUCAUCAACGACCCUCUGGCGGACAGAGACAGAAUACUCUUCCCCCCGCUGCACAUCAAGCUCAGCUUAAUCAAGCAGUUCACCAAGGCUCUGGACAAGGAUGGUGACUGCUUCACUUACUUGUCUCAGGCUCUUCCAGGAUUGACCAUGGAGAAGUUGAAAGCUGGUAUCUUUGAUGGUCCUCAGAUCCGUCAGCUCAUCAGAGAUCCAGAGUUCAGAAAGUCAAUGAACGAAGUGGAACUGGAAGCGUGGAAGGCAUUUGUUCUGGUAGUGAAGAACUUUCUUGGCAACAAUAAGGCCAGAAACUACGCAGAACUUGUCAACAACAUGCUGACUGCUUUCAGAAACCUGGGCUGCAACAUGAGUGUCAAGAUGCACUACCUAUUUUCAUGUAUGGACUGGUUUCCUGAGAACCUGGGUUCAAUGAGUGACGAGCAGGGGGAGAGAUUCCAUCAGGACAUGAAAGAGAUGGAGACCAGGUAUCAGGGUCGCUGGGACGCAGUCAUGAUGACUGACUACUGUUGGACUCUGAAGAGAGACCUCCCUGCCGCUGAGCAUUCCAGGAGUUCCAAGAAACGGAAGUUCAAGCCCUGAAGUUUGAAAAAUGGUGAAGCAACAUGCAGUUUACGUGUACUUACCUAUAUCAAUGCCCACCGUUCAGUUUACAGUAAACCUGACCUGAUGGAGAGAAACGGAUGCCAUUUCCUGAUUCAGCAGUGCAAAAAUACCCUAAAUCAGUUGUAGAAAUCUAGACAACAUUCAAAAAGUAAAAAAUUCUUGCCCAGUGUUAUAAAUGCUUGUAUCUUCUCUACCAAACAGAUGUUUAGGACAGCCUACCUACCCAAAUGUGCACUGAUUUUUGCUGUGAUACAGUGGUACCUCGGGUUAAGUACUUAAUUUGUUCCGGAGGUCUGUUCUUAACCUGAAACUGUUCUUAACCUCAAGCACCACUUUAGCUAAUGGGGCCUCCUGCUGCCGCUGCACGAUUUCUGUUCUCAUCCUGAAGCAAGGUUCUUAACCUGAGGUACUAUUUCUGAGUUAGUGGAGUCUGUAACCUGAAGCGUAUGUAACCUGAAACACAUGUAACCCGAGGUACCACUGUACUGGGAUGAGGUGGGGAAGGAAUUUCCUGUGUGUUACAAAGUAUGUUUUGCUAUAGUCACAUGCCUAGACACAUCAGAAUGCUUCUAACAUCUGUAAAUAUGUAAUGAGUAGGAAACAUCUUCAAAACAUACUUAUCUCAUCUACUCCACAAUAGUCUUGUGCAAAUUUGAGUGAAAGUUUCCUUUGAUUAUCAUAAUUUAAAGUCAUCUUUUAUAAUCAUUUGGGCACAAAGUAAAGUUUAACAUGCAGUAUGUGUAUAUGUAUGUGUUAUACAUAUACAUAUUGUGUAACAUCGCUAAAGCUUUUCCACUAGUCUAAAGUGGUUGAAUGUUACUUCGUAAGUUGGAGAGAGAAAUAAGCAAGUAGCAGCCGGGGGGGGGGGGGGGCGUGUAGUGGUGGCAAAGCAGCUUGCCAAGUUCAGCUCAUAAGUUUAUUGUUCUAGUCAAAAGCCAUGACAAACUUGUAUUAGGCAAUAGUAUUAAUAAAAUAAUGCAGAACGUAAUCCUUAUUUCCCUUGUGCAUAGAAUGAAAUAAAAACUUUUGACCACUGUUAAUAAUUCAUAUUUUUAUCUCCAAAAGUUACUGAAAUGUAAAUUGCUGUGCUUGAACUGUUUAACCAGAAGCCUUUUUUUUCCAUUUUAUUCUUUUUAAAAAACCGGCCUGUUGCUGAAAUGGGAAAUGCUGGCAUAUGUAGAAAAUGCUUGUGGUAGUGUGGGUGACGCUAUAUCAGUCUAUUUAUAGCCAGAGCGCAGGAAAAACAGCAGACACACAAAAAUGGCUAAAAUUAACUCUUGAUUAUUGACUUGCUUGUAACCUUCAGGUCUAAAUCUGUGACUUUAAAAAAACAAGCAAACUAAAAUAUCAACAAAACCCGUCUUCUGGACUUGCACCCUAAUCCUAUGUAAAUGAAGAUUACCAUAUAUACUUGAGUAUAAGCCAACCCGAAUAUAAGCCGAGGCACUUAAUUUUAGCACAAAAAACUGGGAAAACUUAUUGACUCGAGUAUAAGCUGGUUCACCACACCACAGACCUGGUGGCGGUGGCGGCAGGAAGAACAAGCAGCCCGAAACGGCUCCUUUUGGGCCGCUCGUCCUGCCACUGCCCGCCUCACUGGAGUAUAAACCGAGGGGGACCUUUUCAGCAUAAAAAAUCUGCUGAAAAAGUCGGCUUAUACUCGAGUAUAUAUGGUACUUCCAUGUGAUUAUGCACAGGAUUGUUACCUAAAUUCUUCAUUGUGGCCUUUGUGUGGCCACACCAGAACAAAGCAAUAUUUGGAAGGGAGCUACAAACCUCUGGGUACAAGAGGCCUCCUGCCCCCCCCCCCCCGAGAGUGUACAAGACUCAAGGGGCAGGAAUUACUAUCUUCCCAUUAAGUUCCCUUCUGGCCACCACAAGAGCACUAUUGUCAAGUUAUUUCCUCAUCCAGAGAGCUCAUCCUCCCUUUUACUGCCCUGUCCUUUACCUCUUUUGCUUUCUCUUUUCUUUUGUUUGGUUCUUUUCUUUCUUGAGUGCACUUUAUUCUAUCUCCCCCCCGCCUUUUUUUCUUCUUUUCUUUUUGCUGCUUUAUUGGCCUGAGGGCCUACUGGAGGGCUAGCACCCUGCCUUGGGUGAACAGGAAUAUUACUUAUUCUGUCUCUCUCCGGCGCAUGUUGGAUUCCUAUUCCCAUUGUCCAGUGUUUACUAAGCAGUCCUGCAUCGGUGAUGUGUGUGUUUUUUUUGGGGGGGGGGUUGUUAGCUGUUAAUUAGUUGAUAAGUGAUUUAUUUUGUUUUGUAUUGACUUGCCUGCCAGUGCUAAAAAAACCUCUGGUCUGCUUAUUUGGGUGUCUGUUUUCCCAGGUUAGGAAGACUGAAGCUUUGAUAAGAGCAAUUGCUUCAGUCUGGGAGCUUCUAUAGGAACUGGGGCUCUCAGUUGGGUUCUGAUCCAAGCAAGCGUUACUGUGUGCUUUCCCAUACUCCUGAGGAGCCCCAUGCACAGCUGGUGGACACUUCGCCAGCGGCUUUGAAGUUCUUGCCUGGCUCUUAGUCUCCUCUUCUCCUCAUCAGAUAGACAUAUCUGAUGGCUUCUUGGAAUGAAGACUGUGGCCAUGGUGGAUAUCUGCUGGAGGGCCCAGCUCCUCAUGUGAGGAAACCUCGGGUCUGCACAGGGUUCAACGCUAACACUGGGUGCCAGGGUGGCUUCCUCAGGUGGCAGUAGCUUUGAUGGGCCGUGGAGCCUAAAAGGGAUAAAGAUUGGAAGGGCAAAGGCAGGUUCAGGAAUGGUGUGGGUUGGAAAUCAAACCCUUGCAUGGACAGAUGUAGGCAAAGCCACACACUUCGCAAUCUUGAAUAUCAACUUAGUUACCCUCUCAUUUGAGCCUCUUUCUUGUAACUUCCAGCCUUGGUAUGUUGCUCUUCUUUGGUUUUGUGAGUGUUAUGAGUAUUAAAGCAGUUUGUAAAAACACACACAAGUAGGGCUUGUACUUCCAUGUGCCUGAAUUACAUACAGUACGUUUCCGAGCACAAUUUAAAGUGUUGGUGCUGACCUUUAAAGCCCUAAACUGCCUCAGUUCAGUAUAACUGAAGGAGCGUCUCCACCCCCAUCGUUCAGCCCGGGCACUGAGGUCCAGUUCUGAGGGCUGCGAGAAGUGAGGUUACAGGCAACCAGGCAGAGGGCCUUCUCGGUAGUGGCACCCGCCCUGUGGAACGCCCUCCCACCAGAUGUCAAGGAAAUAAACAACUAUCUGACUUUUAGAAGACAUCUGAAGGUAGCCCUGUUUAGGGAAGUUUUUUAAUGUUUGAAGUUUUAUUCUGUUUAAUAUUCUGUUGGCAGCUGCCCAGCGUGGCUGGGGAACCCCAGCCUGAUGGGUGGGCUAUAAAUUUAUUAUUAUUAUUAUUAUUAUUAUUAUUAUUGACUCUUCUCUUCUCCCUCCUAGUUGAGUAUGUUGUGGAGUAUGACUAUGAUGCAGUGCAUGAUGACGAGCUAACUAUUCGAGUUGGAGAAAUCAUAAGGAAUGUGGCAAAACUAGAAGAAGAAGGAUGGCUUCAAGGAGAGCUCAGUGGGCGAAGAGGCAUGUUUCCUGACAACUUUGUUAAGGCAAGUUCAUCGCAAUUCUUCACUAUAACAGUUGUGCAACUUCAAACAUUAAAUCAUACCUGUACUACUUGACAUUAAGCUUGGAGAUCAGAACUAUUUCAAUAAUGAUACAGCUGAAAUUCUAGAGUGGUGUGCGAAAACCUUUGUAGGAAGAAAGACCUUGAUUAGUUCUAGAAAUUGGCUGGGACUAUUCUGAAGAGUUGUAAAUUUAAGGCUGUGAUUUGUUUUCUUUCGUAUUGCAGCUUACUAUUGACUUUCCCUAUUUAUAUUUUAUGGCAUUUUCUUCUUAAGGUUGCAACUUGCAAAAGCUCUGAAUUGGAACCCAUUCUAUUCUUUAAUGCCAGUUGUAUUCCUCGCUGCAACUGACAUAACAAAUGUGCAAGGAAAAAGUUACUAGGUUCAUGCAUAUUGCAUCACAGUGGGCCAAACUUGACAUUACGGGUGACUGAUGAAAAUUGUAUCCCUGCAUCUAGUUACCCCCUUCUCAGCCUUUAUGUCUGAUUUAGCUUGUACCAAUAUAAUGACUUUAAGAUGGUGUACUAGAUGCAGUUGGAUGGAAAAUGGAUAGUGUACAGAGUCAUUUAUGUUUGGUACCUCACUAGUGGCUUUUGGUCCAGAAAUGGGUUUGGGUCUUGUCUCCCUCACUUCUCCAUUUGAAUGGGUCUUCUCUCUGCACAGAAGCUUGUACAGAGUGGUUUUGGAGCUAAAGUUCAAAGACUUUAUAAAGAAUGAAUAUCUGUGGCCAAGAUAUUUCUCAAUCAAUGCAGGGAUUCUUCUGCACUGUAUAGAAGUUUUCAUCCUUCUUGAAUAUUUACCUGCUUUGUUGUUUGCAACCACCAUCUGACAUUCUGCAAUUUGGAUUGUAUGAGUUACUUGUUAUUUUGCCUAACAUAAUGACUCCUUGAAAUCUCAUAAUAUAAUAUAAAUUUAAAAGGAGAAACAGCUGGUGGUGAAAUGGGAUGGAGAAGAUUCUGAUCCCCUGGAUAUCAUGACUUGAGUGUGGUGAAAAGAGCUGUUAAAACAGAAUUGGAGAAUUGGAUCUGGCCAGGUGGCCAGAUCCUGAUCUCUUCUACCCCUUGUGGGCCAGAUGAGCAGGUGGGCAGCCAGUCACUUGACACGGCCAUGAUGUCAGAUGAUGGGACCUUUUGGCGGGUCCUGACAAUUGCUGGGACUUCAAAGCACCAUGCAAAGAGCCUUGCUGGGUGCUUUGAAGCACCACCUGCCAGCUGAUUGUUAGUGCUUCAAAGAGCUGAACAGGGCUCUUUGCAAGGAGCAAGAGGCUUGCAAAGGGCCCUGCUCCAUAAUGUGCAAGCCCCUUCAAGGAUUGCACAGCUGAUGUCAACUAGCUCCCUUUUACUGCCAGUCAGCUGAUGGGCAGUAAGAGCAAGCCUCUUUUACCCAAGCACAAACAGGAGCUCAAUUUAAGGUUCCUGAUUCUACACUAGUAUGAUGGGGGAGAUGUUAUAGUUUGGGGAAACAAAACUGAAAGCCAGAUUGGGACUGCUGGUGGGGCCUCAUCAGGCCCAUGGGCUGAUGUUUCUCCAUCCCUAAGCUAAAGGAUUCGAAAUAAGGAAACAAAGCCAAACUUCCACAUUUUCAGGAUGUAUGUAGAAUAUUUUUCAUCAGGGUUGAAGGGCACAAUUUCUCAACAGCAGGAUGACAUGCUUGAUGUCCUAUUCUGAGUAAUGAAAUGCUGUUGACGUUGUUGCACUGAAACAAAUUGCCUGCCAAGUAUUAGGAAUGUAAUGGAUUCAGAAGGGGAAUGGACUUCAGAAUACCCUCAACAAUUCUACAGUACAGAUACCUUAACCUACACUUUAAAAAAUCUUGCUUUCACAUUUGGUACUACUGUAUUUUAAAACUUGAAUUUCUAGAGCUGUUGUUGGCCUGUCAGAAUGAGAGUGUAAGUUACCUCAGCUGCCAGGUGAGGUGAUGUUAAAUAAUGAACUUAGCAGCAGUGGGCUUUGUUUGUUUCUCCCAAAAGCUUCGUUUAGCUCAGGGGUGAGGAACCUUCAGCUUGCAUGCCCCUUGUGCCCCUUCAGGCUUCUCCACGUUUGUCCGCUGAGGCCAUUUCAGGCAAGCCACACCUACCUGCCCUACACCUGGCAUCAUACAGGUGAGGAUGGGGCUUGCCCAAAACCUGCUUUGUGCGGCUCCCAAAGUGCCUGGCAACCAGCUGUUUGUCAGGAGCCUUUGAAGCGCUGCACAAAGCUGGGACCCAGUUUCAGGGGGCAUCCCUCUCUUUUGCACCAGCUGAUUGUGUGCCUGAGCCCAGUGCCAAGCAGCCUCACUCCCCCUUUGCACUGACUGAAGGGAGAGGGAUCCUGCUUAGCACUGGAUCCCCACUUUGGCAGUGCUUCAACUCAGCAGGGUCACUCUCCCUUAGCAUCAGUAGAUGGGCAGUGCUCGAAAUUCCCAGGAAGCCUUUUGAUGUGCUGAGGAGGGACCCUUUCCAUUGUGGUAUGAUUUGCAUAAGUAAACAAGCUGUGAAUGUGGUUAAAUGGAUUGCUUCUCUCUUGGCGAAACCUCCCCUUAAAUUGAGAACUUUGCAGGUAGCAACUGAAGACAGUCUUUCAGGGUGAGACACCUUGUGGCUGGCAAGUUUUACUUGUAAGGCUUUCAUGAGCUGGUUGAUUGUUGAAGGGGCUUCUCAUGGUGAUCUUGCUUUUCAAGAGUGCAAGGGCCUCUUUUCUUGCAUUUUCCUUCAUUUCUUCUCAUAAUUAUAUUUUUGUUGGCUUGCCAGGAAGAAUAAUGGUUUCCCCCCCUUUAUUUGAAUUCUGCUGCAUCAUUUUGCUUUUUAGGAGUGCAGGCUGAGCAUGGGGGUGGGGAGAGCAGACUGGAAAUUACGACAAAAAGAGGGUUUUUGCCGGGGGGGGAUGCCCUACCUGUGCAUUCUGAAGUUUGAUUUUGUGUAUCUGAUGGCGUAUUUGGUAUGGAGAGAAGAGUGUAAGUGGAAUAAAUAUUCUUAUAUCUUGAAAUAGAUAACAAAACCAUUCUGGGUUUUGGUCCUGCCCACUUGUGAGUGAGAUUUACUGAAUGUGUGUUGUCUGCUUUUUGAACUGAAGUCUGUAGCACAAGACAAAGCGUCUUUAAGAUCUAGCCCUUCCUGGAGAUGCUGGGGGUUUAACCUUCUGCACUCAAAGCAGCUGCUCUGCCACAGAGCUACAGUUUGCAAAGGAAGAGCAUUUCAGAGAGGCUAAAGCGUACCCUAUAAAACUGCCUUUCACUGACUCUGACCAUUAGAACGCCAAUCCAGUUCUAACUGGGUGUUAGAAACAAGCCAGCUUGAAACCCUAGCAUGUUCCCCUCCCCCACCCCAUCAUUUCAUUUCCAGAUUGAAACUGACUAGUCCCCCUGCCCCCCCCACCAGCAUUUUCACAUUACCAUUAUUGCCCUGCUUCCUCCUGCAGCAAGAAGGUUCACAUAAGCAGGAGUUUCACCUUGGAAUUUCCUGAGUGCCACACGCUGUACACAUUGUUUUAUCGUGAGUACUUCUGGAGAAAGCAGCUUUUGGACUGCUGGGAGUUCAGCCCUGUAAAACUGCCACUUUUUACUCACAAGCUGAACAUCUGAAGAGCAGUACCUAUUCUGAUUUCUCAAUCGCUGCCAAGAUUACGUACAGCAUACAUACAUCAUUUUAGGUAUUUGUAAGCUGUCUUCCCAUAGUCUAAACCAUGCUCAAGGAGGCUUACAACAUAAAAAAUUACAAACACAACAAAAGUCACCAUUAAAAUAAAGCAUCAAAAAGUACACAGCCAAACUGAACCAUUUCCACACAAAUCAUAAUAAGAUCUAAAAUACAGAUACAAAAAAACCCUGCAAAACAGCAACAAUCCCCCCCCCAAAAAAACCACUUCUAACCCAAGACCCAGUGCAAGAUUACUGGCCUGUACUCCUUCCACUAUCAGGCAGCAACACAGAGUAUGUUUCUGUCUGCAUAACGUCAUUCUUUGUAAACUAUGGAUUAUAUUCCUAUUUCUGCCCCUCCACACCCCAUUCCAGCAACAUCCCUGUGGUCCCUCAGGUAAUCCAGAAGCUACUGAAGGCCUGGAAGACCCAGUCCAGCCUCCAGAGCAGAUUUUGGGGGCUGUGAGAAGAAGUCCUGUUGAGCGAAUGGAGACCUUUUCUGCUCAUGCAGGAACAGCAUUGGAUUCAACUUGCAACCUUUAUCUUUCCAGUAAAUAGGUCAUGAACACCCCACCAUUUGUUCUUUCUGCUAGUACUCUUAAAAAUAUUUAUUUUGACUUUGUGAAGCAGUUUAUCAAGUAAAUGAAUCUUUUGCAUAAAUAUUUCUGAUAUUAAUAUUGCAGACUGAACUGUUACUUUGAUUAUCUGUUCAAGGCACUUAGGCAAAUGAAAGAGCUUUUUAUUUAUUUAUUUUAAAACUUCUUAAUUUUUAAUUGUUUGUGCUCAUGAGCUGUGAUUGGAGCUCCAGUUCGCUGCUGGAGAAAAGGUUGGUGAUUUCCUUGUGCAGAAGCAGCUGCUGCUACAAACAUCGUAUGAACCAGGAAGCUUGCUAGUUGAUACUUGAACUUUGGCCAGAGCAAGAACUUGGCUUGAAACUUGGUUCAAAAUACACAAUACUCACAGACUUACCUGGGUGUGUUCAAGCAAAUAUGUCUUUAGAACCAGUAAGUUCAUUUUUCCCUUGUUAAAAGCAGUGAUAUAGUAUGAGAAUAACAACCUUUUGUGAGUAGUGGGUUGAACCUGGUUAAACUGUUAUUGUACUCUGAUUUUUUAGAAACAAUUAAGCUGAAUGUUUAAUUUCAUGACCUAGUCUGAUGUAAUGUCUGUAAAUUAUGUGAAGUUUCCUAGGUUUACAUAACUGCCUAGUAUAGUUCAAUUUUAUUAUGCUUGGAUUCAGAUGCUGCUUUUAAUUUUUUGGCAAGUUGUUAAUAUUUUUUUUCAUGAACUCAUGAAGAUGCAGCUCAUCUGAAUUUACAUACUGGGGAGUGGAGCUCCUCACAGUGUUCCUGCUUUGUUCAGGAAGCUUGCACUGGUUUUUUUGGUACAAUUUUGCUUUGGUGCUGUCUUCUAAAGUUAAAAUACAAAUAGACACUGGUUGUUGGUUAUUUCCUUAACUCUUGCGCCUAAUGUGACAGUUGCUGUAAGGAAAAACUUUACUUCUCUACUUUUAUCGUCAGUGCAGAAGUUCUUAAAUGUGGUUUUGCCUUUGUCAGUCCUUUAAAGUGUUUUCAAAUCAAAUCUCUCCUAUAUUUGUUAUGGCAAAGCAAAUCUUAGAUAACUCUGAGUUUAUAUAGAGGUUUAAAUAAAUGGUUUGGACCAGGAAUGACCCUUUUCUGGUACAUUAUGAGGAAUGGUUGAAGGAGCCGGGUAUGUUGGCCUGGAAAAGAGGAGGCUGAGAGGAGAUAUGAGAGACAUCUUCAGAUAUCUACAGGGCUGUUCCAUGGAGGAGGGAGCAAGCUGUCUGAUGCUUCCCUUCCUUCAGUGCAGGGCUAUAGCUUGUUAUGAAUAUUUUAGGCUCCUGUAGUCAAUCUCUCUUCUCACCCCACUGCCCCCCUGUUCUUAUCUUUACUAGGAAGUUAAGAAAGAGACGGACUCUCAGAAUGAUGAUUUGCCAGUCAAGAAGGAAAGGCAUGGAAAUGUUGCCAACCUUGUUCAGCGCAUGAGCACUUACGGGCUUCCAGCAGGAGGAUUCCUGCCCACUUCCCAGUCUAAAAGCUUCAAGAGGAGUAUGUAAUCAUUUCCUUGAUAGCUAGAUAAAUCUCUUGUUAAGUGGUGAUAUCAUUGGGGUACUCUCAGAUCAUGUGCAAAUAGGUCUUGCAGGUUGUUUUCCUAAAUUAUUUCAGAAAAAAUAAUAAUGCAAGGAUAUCUGUUUAAUAUAUGAUAACAUUGUCACUCCAUUGGCAGGUAUUAUACUGCCCUCCCAAACCAUUAUAAUUCAAAUACUGUCAUACUUUUCUUAUUCACAUGUUGACAUGUUUUUUACAUUUAUUUUUUGAAUUCAGCUGGUGGAAGAAGUUGAAAUCUGAUCACAAAUUCUAACAGCCAUGCCCCACUGCUGUUAGAAUGUACAGUUACUACAGGAAAAUCCUUUUGUACGUGCUGGUAGUUAGAUAAUCAUUAACAGGAUCCUGGUAAAUGGGCUCCUAGCCUGAUACAGCAGUCUCUUCUUACAUUCUAGACUCCAGUCAUUUUCCAUCUGCUUGGCAGCAGCCAGCAAGGGUAUCUGCUUUUCCCAGCAUGUUUUCUAUUGAACCGUUAGCAGAACUCUUCCAUGCCACUCCUUCUGCUCUCUUAAGUGUGUGUGGUGCCGUGAGAAUAGUCCUUAAGAGAUCUUCAGCAAGUUUCCCAAAUGUCUCUACAAAUAUCCCUUCAAAUAUCUGCAUUUGGCCUGUAUUAGUGCUGAUUUCAGGAGGUAUUUCUCAACAUUGUUCUGAAAUGCCUUCCUCCAGAGCCUCAUGACUAGAGGAUAAUGAUGAUGCACAAAUAUGGCUCACUGAAUGAAUGCAUCUUCACAUGACAUACAACUUUGCAAUAAGAGGGUAGAAAAUUUCCCCUUUGGCAGUAUGUUUGUGCAGAUCCUUAGCGGGAUCCCAAACAAACAUGUUUGUAGGCACACUUUUAGAAGAUCAUGAACUUGUUUCAUUCCAUUUUCAACAGAUACAUGGAUUAUGCUCUACAUCAUAAGAUGAGAGCCAGUGUGGUGUAGUGGUUAAGAGCGGUAGUCUCGUAAUCUGGGGAACCGGGUUCGCGUCUCCGCUCCUCCACAUGCAGCUGCUGGGUGACCUUGGGCCAGUCACACUUCUCUGAAGUCUCUCAGCCCCACUCACCUCACAGAGUGUUUGUUGUGGGGGAGGAAGGGAAAGGAGAAUGUUAGCCGCUUUGAGACUCCUUAAAGGGAGUGAAAGGCGGGAUAUCAAAUCCAAACCCUUCUUCUUCUUCUUCAUCAUGGAGCCUUGUAACCAGAUACUAUGUGCUGCAAGUAUCUGCCUGUUCAUGUGGAUUUACUCAGUUUCUAUUGAAACUGCUGUCUGCUAACUCAUCUUUAAUGAUUUUAAGGACACCCAUUUCUGAAAAUAUUUAUGUGUUUCACUAAUAAACCAACACAUAACACUUCCUGUAUUUGCACUUGAAUAGCUGCAGUUAGGAACCAUUGUUCACACGCAGCUUCAGCAGGUGCAAUGAUAAGUAUAGUUUCUUUUACAGAUCUGUUUAAUUUUGGUUCCAAAUGCAAGUCAGGACACAAUUGAUUGAAUGAGUUCAGUGUUCCUUUCAUUGUUAAAUGCCCCAUCAAUUUCAAGAUGUCUCCUAGCCACCAUCUUGAAUUGAGAGUCCCUUGCAAUUCUCAACAGUUUUUCAUGUUUAGAAAUGAGUAAUGAAACUAAAAUGAACACCUGUGCUACAUUUCAGCAUUCACAAAUGAAUUUCAAAUUGAUCCACACAAAAAUUGCUUGUUCUAGGCAACCAGAAAGAAGGCAUAUAUAUAGGAUAAUUUCCAGAGGGUGUCACUACAAGGAAGAGUUUACAAGCGCCUGCUUCCUGCUUUUAACUAACUGGUUUAUCAUUGCACGCAAAAGGAACAAUUCAUCCUUUGGGGACAUAAUGACAAAUCACCGUUAGUUUAGGACAGGAACCCUAAGGCUUGCUGUUGCUUGUUCACUUAACAUUCAGCCAUGGUGUACAUAUAGACCACAAAGCCUGUGCUAUAAACAAUAUGUUAGGUUUUAAGCUGCCAUAAGAGUCCUUGAUCAUUCUAUAAGAAUGCAUAUCUUAAUGGCUUAAUUCCAAAAUGUAACAUAUAAAAUUGUUUUUAAAGGUAAACUUCACUUUGAGUUAAUUUGUUUCUCACUUUCAACAGAAUCGAAAAAGCGGCAAUGUAAAGUUCUUUUUGAGUAUAUUCCUCAGAAUGAAGAUGAGUUGGAGCUCAAGCUUGGAGAUAUUAUAGACAUUAAUGAAGAGGUAAGCCAUUUUACAGAAUUAUGGGGGAUAAAAUGAAAGUUGUUUCUCACAGAAAGAAAUAACUGAACUAUCCACAUAAACAUUGGGAAAUUAACCAAAUGGGAUAGUCAAAAUGAAGAUGUCGACAGUUGAAGAUAACCUAGAAAUAGAUACUUAGAAAUUAGAGGAUUAGAGUAUUUUGGAAGUAUGUAGUAUACAUAGUGAAAUAAUGAGGAAGCUAGAUUUGAUAAGAGGAGGAUGUGAAGCUGCCUAUUUUAUAAAACAAAUAGACUUGACUGAGAAGGUGGUAAGGCGGUUCUGUCUGAAAUGCAUUUCGGGAUAUAAAACGUCAUGGGAAAAUAAUGGAAAUAACUUGCUUAGUGUUCAGUCGUGACAGAUUCCAAGUACUUGACAAAAUGCAGGAAGCACUUGUGAUCUGUUUAAAAUCACCAGAUUGGAUAAUUCCACUUCUACAUCCUCAGGAAGAUAAAUUGGAACCCUGCAAAAAACCUCAGGCUUAUCUAUUUUAUUUAUUUAAGACAUUUAUAUACUGCUUGAUUAUUCAUAUUUCUAAGCACUUUGCAUAAAAACAAUUCACAGAAAAUCACACACACAAACUUACCAUGAAAAUGAACACUAGCUUAAACUUCCUGCUGGAACAAUACAACCUUAGUUGUGUGCCUGAAGUUCAGCAAGGAAAGUCCUUGUUUAAUCUUAGUAGAGAGGGAGAGGCACAGGCUUGGGGCCUCCACAUGGAAUAUACAGCUUCUAGUAGCUCCAGGGUCUUCCUCCCCCCAUGCAAACAAGAGCCCCUGCUCCAGGUCAAGGCCCAUUCAGAGUAGGAUAGGCACCCUGCGAGGGCCAUAGCCUGGAGGCAGGGCCUAGGGAAAGCCUCCAGGCCCAGAGAGAGCAGCCUGGAGGACCACGUCUGGUCGUGGGCCUGAAAUUCCCCAGCACCUGGCUGUUUGCUUCCCCCAUACAAGUUGUGGCAAGGUAUUGCUGGAACGAGUCUGGUGUAACGUGAAUGGAGGGACAGGGGACGGGUUUGGUGUGUGUUAGUUACAGUAUCCAGCUUGGAAAGGGUGAAAGUGGAGACUCCUUCCCGCCACAUAACAACUUGAAAUGGGCCUUUGAUGCUACUCUUUAGCACAGGGGUCAGUACUUGUUUAGGAGGGGGCCGGUUCACUGUCCCUCAGACCUUGUGGUGGAGGGGGGCUUCUCUCUCCCCCGGCCCCGGCCCCUCCCCCUUGCUUUCCUAACUCCUCCUCUGCUCUGCCUGCGCUUUGGCGACAGUGGCGGCGCCUCUCCCUUUCGGGCCAGCUUUCCCUGGCGCGGGGCCAGAUGGCGCCCCAAGCUCCAGCCAAAGCCCCACAACGCCCGUCACGAUGCCCACAGCGCAGACAUGGACGGAGAGGUCGGCGGGUGGGUGGUGAUUCUGAGCCGCGCCUCAGCGCGAGGGCUGCAGGCUUCAGAUUGGCUGGCACCAAUCAAAGCCCAGCUCCCUUCCUCUGCAGGGUGGGGAGAAGCCAGGAGAGAGGAGGUGCCACCGCGGUGUGUGUGAGGGAGGGGGGGGGGGGAAUGGCCAAAAAACAAGAACCGACGCCCGGAAAAAAAAUGCCCCCAAAAUGGCGCAGCCUGAAUGAUCACGCUGAUCCAAGCAGCGAUUCCAGGACCAUCCGCAGGCCAUAUCCAGAGGGCUAUUGGGCCAGAUCUGGCCCGCGGGCCUUAGUUUGCCGACUCCUGCUUUAGCCCAUUCACGAGGGCUGCAUGUGGUUUGCCCUGCUAAGGCUCUUUCUCUUUUUCUCUUCUCUCCUCAUUCUGUCUCAAGCUUGGUCGUGGUGGAUGGCAGAAUCUGCAGUGGAGAAAGCUAGACUACUUUAUUUGCUGCCUUCCUAAGCAAGGGCAGGAUAUUAAGCCAUUGUUGAAUACAGUGGUGCCCCGCAAGACAAAUGCCUCGCAAGACGAAAAACUCGCUAGACGAAAGGGUUUUGCGUUUUUUGAGUCGUUCCGCAAGACGAACUUCCCUAUGGGCUUGCUUUGCAAGACGAAAACGCCUUGCAAGUUCUUGCGAGUUUGUUUCCUUUUUCUUAAAGCCGCUAAGCCGUUAAUAGCCACUAAGCCGCUAAUAGCCGUGCUUCGCAAGACGAAAAAACCGCAAGACGAAGAGACUCGCGGAACGGAUUAAUUUCGUCUUGCGAGGCACCACUGUACCAAGGCAGGAGAAACGCUCGCUGUGAGCAACCUGUGUUCUGUUUGAUCCCCCAGUGCUAAUAUUGGAUACAUAUUAUCCAAUAUUGAAUUCCUGACGGUCUUCUUUAAUUGGCAUAUUACAAAAGCUGUGAGUUAAUUUUGCCUUUGUGAUCAUCCUUUCUACAGGUGGAAGAAGGCUGGUGGAGCGGAACACUAAAUGGCAAAUUAGGACUAUUUCCUUCUAAUUUUGUAAAAGAGCUGGAGGUCAUAGAUGACGGAGAAACCCAUGAAGACCCGGAUGAUGCAGGUAGCGCGUCUUGUGUUUGCAGACAGUUAUAUGGUAGGAGAAGAGGGCAGCAGCUCCAAUCUUCACUCGUGCAAAAUGGGUCAGUUAUAAAAACAGUAUUUUAAUAGACUAAAGGAAAAAGGUAUGCUAUUUUCUGAGGAAAUGGUUGCUCGGUAUAUGUAACAAUUUCUGCAAGAUUUUUUUGCUGUUGUAAUGUAUGAAGGUGUCAGCCGUCAACUGUAAUUCUAUUUUAGUUCAAAAAUUUAAACCAAGUUAAAACAAAAAGUAAAACUUGAAACAAGUCCUAGAAGCAGGCUUUCACAUACGUAUUAAGACAUUUUCCUCCUUAACAUUGCUUGUUAACUAUUUUCACACAUUUCCACACAGAGCCUGUUUUUCCUGACCCGCUCUCACCUGUAACCCCACCAGGGAAUACUACUGAGUCUGGGCCUGCACUGAUAGCACAGCCAAAGAAAAUCCGAGGAGUUGGGUUUGGAGAUAUUUUUAAAGAAGGUUCUGUGAAGCUUAAGACAAGAUCACCCAGUAAUGAUUCAGAAGAGAAGAAGCAAGAUAAGGUAUUUUAUUUUCCAUGUGUAAUUUGUGAUGGCAUCUUUUCCAAAACAGCAACAUUAGUUACUACUCAGCAUCUUAAGCGUCUAAUAGCAUUGUAACUUAUUUGCUGAAGAUUUUUAUUCUAUUGAAGAGUUGCUGCUUCACAGACAACCUUCUGCAACAGUUACUGUUGGCGGCUUUUAUGUAGAGCAGUGGCAGGCACAGAAUUGUUAAAUUGCACAGUAUCCCACUUUUUGCAUUGGGAGAGGAACAUCCUUAGUUUCUAGUCUUUGAUCGUUACAGGGAGAAGUUUGAAAAUGUGACAGUUUAAAAAAAUCUGAAGUUGGGAUGCCAAUCAACUAGUCACGGCCAAAUGUUCUCAGAUAUUACAUGAAAUGAAAAAUGCCCUUCUGUAGGUGGCAGAGCAGCCUCCCGUUUGAAUGGUGUUGUUGUGUCCACUGAUAGUCAAGGUAAGAGUCAGGGUAGGGAGUCGCGUCUGUGGUCCUCUAAGUGUGCCUGUUGAAACACGUUUGGAUAAAAUCAGUUCCUGCUGUAGCUGUGCUUUUCUCAAGGCAGUUUUGGGUGGGCACUUGCCGCAUUAGAAGCUGUUGUUUCUCUUCUAUACACGUAUCACAAUAGGCAGAUUCACCUCGGGAAGUAUAUUGUUCAGUAACCUGCCAGGCUUACUUUUGAAAGAGAAAGUGCAGUCUUUCCAUAUGCCCAGAAUUCCUUGGUAGUAAAGCAGUUUUUGUAUGUGUGCAUUUUACACGUGAGCAGCUGUGAUUUCUAAUGUGGUAAGUGUAGGUGCAAAGCUGCCUUGAGAAGACCCCCUCACAUAGUUGAGGUUUGCUCUCUCUCCCCUGUGGGUGUUUCAUCAUCCCAUUCUGGUAGUAUAGAGGUUUCUCCUGCUCUGCUAUUUGACAGUGAAUGGAGAGCUGUCUGUUCUGCAUGAUUCUCUAUAUGCGACGCUUACCUUGGUUCUGGUGGUGCCGCCUGUCAUUCGCCAAUGCUGCUGUUCCCUCUGGGAAUGCUGAAGCCUCAUCAAAGACCUUGGCAGCUCUUAAGGAUAGAGAGUGCACCAUUAGAACACAGACCAAGCUGGAGGAAGCACAUUCGUGUGCUCCAUUUGGAGAGGAUUAAUUCUUAAACUAGCAGCCAUAGAAAUAUAAAUGCAAAUCCAGGUAGCUUGACACAGAAAGCAGGUACAAAUUGUGUAAAUGUCUGCAUAUUACCUUUAAGGAACACUGCUUUGAUUCCUGUACAGUGGUACCUUGAGUUACAAACGCCUCAGGUUACAAACGCUUCAGAUUACAAACUCCGCUAACCUGGAAGAGUUACCUCGAGUUGAGAACUUUGCCCCAGGAUGAGAACAAAAAUCUUGUGCCAGUGGCACAGCGGCAGCAAUAGGCCCCAUUAGCGAAAGCACGUCUCUAGUUAAGAACAGUUUCAGGAUAAGAACGGACCUCCAGAACAAAUUAAGUUGGUAACUAGAGGUACCACUGUAGUAGCAUUUUAGUUGGCAGGUGACUGUUUCCAAGUCAGAAACAUUGCUACUGUUCCUAAACUUAAGUAAUAAUUUUCCAAACAAGAAUAAAAUUCUUGCCAUAUGUAUUACAUUAUAAUGCUUGUUCUACACCUUGUUGAUCAUAUGGGCAGGAGCUUUAAUUGCAAAUUCAAGUAUAUUUGGCUCUUGCCUAGGGACCGUUUUUAACCUUCACAUUUCUUGUGUAGCCAAUAUUUACUCAUCCAUCUGGACCAAAAGUAACCCAAUUUCCUGGUGCAACGAAAACAGAAAUUGCAACUGAGGUAGCAAAAACAGAAACAGAAAGCAAACAGAAAGGUAUUGUUUUAUAUUUUCAUGUUGUUUUGUGAUCUUCAUGUUAAAUCUUUAAAAAAGAAGCCAUUAUUGAAAGGUUUGCUGUUAAGGCUGUGCAAAACUUCAGCAAGCCAGUGUUUUUCUCAGACGCUUCCACGAAUUCCUCAUUUGACGGAUGAACAGCCUGUCCGGCUGUUAGUCUACCUCUCUGUCCCUUUACUACCAGCGUGAUAAUGUAGCCCCUCCAACCCCAGGCUCUGCGGGAGGCUUUCUCCCAGCCUGCCACCUUGAUCGUGGGAGGCUUCUCUCGGCUUAUGGUUUAGCAUUCUGCCUCUUCCGUCACCCCUUCCCUCAAGACGCUGCUUUCCUGCUGCCAUAUUAAUCCCCCAUCCGUCAGCCACCCACUGCUAUUUUUCUAGAAAAAAAGGUGUUGGGACUCCCUUGUUCUCUUCGAAUGACAAUGGUGCCCACCUGAGAGGUGCCGGAACUGAGUUCCAGUGAGUUCCCACUGAAAAAAAAGCCCUGCAGCUGCCCACCUUCUUGGGCCCCAUACGCCAUGGUCUCCAUACCAAUUUGGCAGGGGUUGAGUAAAGCUUAUGGGUGACAGAAAAAUACCCACACACAAACGCAGCAUUUCUGCUUUAUGAGGGUUUCAAGGACAGAGAAUAUUGCAAGACAAUGUAUGCAAGCACAUGGUAGGUACCGUAUUUUUUGCUCUAUAAGACUCACUUUUUCCCUCCUAAAAAGUAAGGGGAAAUGUGUGUGCGUCUUAUGGAGCGAAUGCAGGCUGCGCAGCUGUUCCAGAAGCCAGAACAGCAAGAGGGAUCACUGCUUUCGCUGCGCAGCGAUCCCUCUUGCUGUUCUGGCUUCUGGGGUUCAGAAUAAUUUUUUUCUUGUUUCCCUCCUCCAAAAACUAGGUGCUUCUUGUGGCCUGGCGCGUCUUAUAGAGUGAAAAAUACGGUAUAUAAAAUCCACAUGUUGCAUCUUUGUCUAUCCUCCUUGUUCUCUUUCUUAUCCUUUUAGCUCACUUCCUCUAUACUUCUCUUUCUCUUUAUGACUCAGAAUUUGAAGCCACAGCUGACUAUAUUUUACUUGCUGCUCUUCUGCUACCAGUGGACCCCCCCCGCCCCCCCGCCAACUCCAGCUCACCAAUCCUUGCUCCCUCCCACUGCUAUUUGCCCAUCUAACUAGUCUUGUGGACACAUCCCUGAUGUUCUGAGGAACCACCAACACAUUGUUGCCAGCUAAAUGUUAAACAGUGGUCUCGUUCUGGGCAAUUACAUGUCGGAUUUUAAAAGUACAUUUGUGUUCAAUUACUGUAAAUUCAGCAUUUUUUACUAGCUAUUUUGUUGCCAUCCAUCUCCCCAAUGUCCUACUGGUGAGCUUUAAACACUGGCAUUCAUGCAACAGGAGUGCACUGGGCGCGCAUAAUAUUUAUACUUCUUUUUUCAGCUAAGGAAUAUUGCAAGACCUUAUUUGCCUAUGAAGGUACUAAUGAGGAUGAACUUAGUUUUAAAGAAAGUGAUAUUAUUCAAAUAAUAAGCAAGGUAAGACAUUAAUCCAUGUUCCUUUUCUGUUAGUUCUAGGCAUGCCAAAAUGAAGUUUCAAAAGUUUUUGGAUGUUGUCCAGUAAAAUUAAGUUUUGAAUGCUUUUUAAAUUGUUUUUACAAAGAACUGUUUGUUGUUCUAGGAUACUGGAGAGGCUGGGUGGUGGAAAGGCGAGCUUGGUGGAAAAGAAGGAGUUUUUCCAGACAACUUCGCAGUUCAGAUUUAUGAAUCAGAUAAAGAUUUUCCUGUAAGUUCUCACUAUCAUUUUAUAGAAAUCAUGUACCCCUACUUCAAGGCAGAGAUAGAACAAAUACUGAACAUAUUUAGCUCAUUAGUCAUUUUUACUCUUUAGGCCUCAUUAUUAAUUUCUUUUAAAAUUACUUUUUUAGUCAUAGCACUUAAGUUACAGAAAUAUAGGCAACUCUUGAAAAUUAUACAAUACCUGUGGCAUUUUACAGACUAGUAAUGGCACAGUUUGUCCCUGGGUACAUCCAGUAAACCAGAGGUGUCCUUAAUCCAAGUGCAGCUAACCUACAGCAAAGAAAAUGGACUUGCUGGGUACACCUGGGGACCGUUGUCUAAGUCAGCAUAUAGCAUUCAGCAUUAUAAUUGACCCUCAGUGGGAUUGAUAUCAUGUCCCCUUUGCAGAAGCCAAAGAAGCCACCACCUCCUGCAAAAGGUCCAGGUAUGCAAACCAAGAUUUUAUCUCUUUAACUUUUGACUAAAAGAAGAAGAAUUGAUUUGGAGCUGGUACACUGUUCUAUUGGAGAUACACAAGUUUGUUUUUAAAGCCCUGCCUUUUAGUUUAAAAUAGUGCUCAAGGUGGUCCAACAUUAAAAUAUACUUAAACACAGUUGACCAGUAUUAAAGAUCAUAGGGGAAAUCUUGCUAUGGCUGAGAUUGUAUGAGUUCUUAACUCGCAAUGUGUAUGUAAGCAUAAAUACCAGUGUGUUGCAUGAGUUGCUUUCAUGUGAUACCUUGAAUGUUAUGUAUCCAGCAUUUUCCUACUGUUCCCUUUGUAGCAAUGCAUAUAAUAGUAUAAAGGGUUUUCCAUGACCAUGUGAUGGAAUUAUUUCAAUUUAUUUUUACAAGGACUGUGGACUUAACACACAUUUUGAAAUACUUCUACUUUAUUGUGUUGCCUGCCAUUUUUGUAGAAACUUAAAAACUAUAAGGAUUCUGAUUCUCCCUUCCUCCCUCCCCCCCCAAAAAGAAAAAAACAUAGUUCCUAAGUUAAUUAUUGGCUUUGCAUUCAGGUUUAAAGCCAGAGUUUCUGAUGGCAGAGAAGAAGUUUCCUCUUCCUAAGAAUGAAGAAAAAGGUAAAGGCCAGUUUGAUCCCUGAUCACAUCAAGACAAUAAAUGACUGACACAGUAGUUUGUAAAUUUUUUUUUUUUAAAUGUACAUGGGCGUGUCUCUGAACCUGCCACACCUGACAAUUUCUCUGUAGUUGACUGCUACUCUACACUCCCCAAGAAACCUUCCUUCUUCAUCCACAGGGCUCACUGACGGGGAAACCUUCACUGCAUCUUUGCCAAUUCUUAACAUUUGGCGCUUCCGCCGCCUGCAUGGGCUUCCCCCUCACUAGGGCCUCGUAAAACAUGCCGUUCUGUCUUUAUGCUCUGUCACUCCUCUGUCAACCAUCUCAAGGGCCUGCCAACUGCAGAAGCAACACCGGGAGAAGUUUGCUCUGCUGGUUUAUCCAGUUCAGAGCUAGGAAGACCGGUAAUCCAGUGUGGUUUAUUUUCCUCUUCUGGCACAUGCUCACUGUUUCUCUCGCCCCCCCACCCCCUUUUAAUGCUUCUCUUGAAUAAAGUUCUUAAUUGAACUCUGGGCUAUCUAUCAGUCAAAGGAGAUGCAACCAAGUAGGAUUUUAAUUUACAGCAUGCUGAGUUUAUUUUAUAUAGAGACUUUGUGCUACAGAGGUCUGAGAAUUUUAUGGAAUUACUGUACACUACUCUAUUUAAACAUUUAUAGUCUGCCACUCUGUUGAAAAAUGCUCACAGUGGUGCACAAUUAAAGGUUAAUUACUAAAACUGGAAUAAACCAAUUCUAAAACCAGUCAUAAGAGAAGAAGUGAGCCUUAGGGCAACAGUGGGGAAUCUGCAGGUCUAGUAAGCCCUGCCAUGUGUUUUGGGCAAACCGCCCCCACGUGCCAGUCAUCUAACAUUAGAAUAGGGCAGAGAGGGGGGGGGCGAGAUAGAUGCCUCUUUUUUGUGGUGAUACAGUUGCUAUUUGCCAUACCAACCUUAGCUCCAUUGGACUGUAGCUCCCAGAAGGUGGGGCAAGUUCUCUUUGAGACCUCAGACUUAGCCUGGCAACUGUGGGAUUACAGUAUUAGCUACAAGGGCAUGCAGUAGUCUUUAUUGUUUGAUGCUCGUACAAUUUUUAAAUGUUUCUCCUUAUUUUAUUUUUCAUCACGGUGUGUGGUGUGGUGUUCUACUGCUUUGUUUGUUACCCUGGGCUCCUUUGGGAGGAAGGGCAGGAUAGUAACUCAGGGCUCCGCAUAUGUCAAGACUGGCAAAUGGUGGACUUAUGAAAACACAGCAUCAAAGCAUUAUGUGAACAAACACCUAAGAACCUUGAGCUGGCAUGUUCCCCCUUCACGCAGGCUCUGUACUUCAAAUGUAUUUUUUGGUGGCAAUAUAUUGUCUGAUGUUCAUGCAAACAAAGAAACUAUGGGUUGUUUUUGCUCUGCAAGCCAGCUUGUAAACUGAACCUUGGAGAGAUUUCAACAGCGUGUAGAAGUUACAAGAUUCCACCCUCUUAUUUUGGGCACUUAGCAAAUUGAUUUGUUCUUUCCUAGCAGGUGAGUAUCCAAAGCAGCUAGGGAGACCCAAGAGCUUUUAGAACUACAAAACUCAGGUUUUUGAAAUUUAGAGAAAUUGCCUAUAAAGCAUUAUAAGAGAAAGAUUAUGGCUUCUUCUUCUUUAGCUCAUUUCUUGCUGCCUGUUGCACGUUGCCUGUCAUAAACCAUGUCCACCCGUUUCAGCACAAACCUAGAAGGGAAGAAGCCCCUUGGCAAGGAUUCUGCUGUUGCCUGGCUCUCCUCAGGGACAGCAGGACCCUCACCAACCUACUCAGGAGUAGGGGGACAGGCAAAGGAAAUAAAUAAAUAGCCAUGUCUGUUAUAGAGACUAUGCCAUUUUAAGGAUGUUGCAGUUAAUGUAAAAUGAGAUACAUUUGGGGUGAGUUUUCUUCCUUAGGGUUGUGGAAUUAAGACUGAUUUUCAGCCAGUUUGCAUUUUAUAUGGAGGUCUAGUUGAUAACAAGUAUGUUGGAUGUGAAACUUGUUUUAGUCAGACUUCUGGGUUGGCGCCUCCAGGCAAUGGCGGAGUUCCUCCGAUCGGGAGGAAUUUGCUCCGCGGAAAUUAGGGUCUGACUGCCACGGCGAAGGCGGAGACCCACUGAAAUCACAGGCGGGAGAAGCCUGUGAACUUGGGGUUCGGCUGGCACCCUUUGCGCCUCCCCUACUCGCGGGGAACCCUGAUUUGGGGAUCCGGAGCGAAGUGGGGUGAGUGGCGCGGUGCUUCGAAUUGACUGCUUCUUUCACGGAGUGAAGCCGCAUCGCUGUUGCCGGAGAGCGCUGACUUUUUCCUGUGGACAAUUGGAUUUUAAACAACUACCCGUGAGUAGAACAGAAAAUUAGAUCCUUAAAUUCAUUAAUUUGGCAUCGAAACAGGAAGGUUCUAAACAGGACGUCCGCCUUCCUUUUUUGUAAACAGGUUGAAGCAAAGAAGUUGCAAGUUAAAGCCUUGGAAAGUUUAUUUUUGUAAAGGAUUAAAUCUCCAUUGGUUAAAACUAUUAAACCCCCCUUGGAAGCAGGAGAAGAGGGGGGGAAAUUUGAGGAGAGAGUGAAAAGCCAAAUUACCACUGCUCCGAACCUGGAAACGGGCUGCCAGAAAGAGUGACGUUUUUUGACAGCUAGCAAUAAGAGAAAUAUAUUGUUUCCAUUGUACUUAUCUGCGUAUAAAAAGUAGGAAAAGAAACUAUCUUUAUAGUUUAAACUGUGUUUGAAAGGAUUGAUACAAGUGGAGACUGUUUCCCUCUAGAGGGAGCUUUUGAAACAGUUACAAGAGUGGAGUUGGGGGUUUUCCAGUUGCAAGAUAAGAACUGUGUGAAAUAGAGAUCGACCUUGGACUUUAAGAAUGUUGACAGAAGGAGCCUUAGCGACUGUAUUAUGUAAGAUAAGUUAUUCGUUGGAACAGCUCCACAAGAAGACGGACGCUAUGAAUACCAAACUUGAGAACUUGGGACAAAAAGUGACUAAUUUGGAACAAAAAGUGACCAUUAAUACAGAAAUUGUUCAGGAUUUGACACAGGAACCUACCUUGACAGGACAAACUGGGGAGAAGACGAAGGAGAAUGUUGGUGUUGUUAAACCUAAAAUAAUACAAGUGGAAGCCCCAGUUUUACAGAGGCAAACUGAGGACUAUAAGUGGAGGCCUUUUAUGAAUGAAUAUAGAAAAAGUCAGAAUUUGAAGAUUGGAGCCCUGUUUGGAUUGAAGAAGGAAGGUUGGAUAGACUCUUUCAUGCAGAGAUUUACUGACCUUUGGGUCCUGAAUCUGGGUCAGGAGGUGAUUGGAGUUGUGGGGGCCUUUGGAUCUGGGGGAGCCUUGAAACAUGAUUUGAGAUUUUGUAUGGACACUGGUUUUAGCUGUGGAGAGUUGGUUGGUCUGUCGAGAGGGAAUGGGGGCAUGGUUGGGUCAGGGCCCCCCCAAGACCUGCGCUUCAGCACCCUCAGCAUCAAAGAAUAUAAAGAAAAACUGCAGAAGGGACUUGGAAAAGAUUUAAGAGCCUCGGACAGAAGAUCUCCAGGUUGAUGAACUAUAUGGAAUGGACGGAAAUGACUGGCAGAAUCCGAGACCAGGGAGAAGAGAUGGUGGUAGAAGAUUGGGAAAGUUUAAAGUUUAUAUAUAGAAAUAUUGUAAAUUUAAUGAGUGUUAGAAAAUUGUUGGAAUGAAAUUUUAUGGCUUUAGCAGAAAUGUUAUAAGGAGUUAGGUAUAAAUAAGUAUUUCAGUAUUAAUGGAAAAUAAGGUACAAAAUAUGUUAAGAUAUUCAUAAUGAUAAAAAUAGAGAAAGAUGGAAAGGAAUUGCUGAAACAAGUAAUAGAAGUGGAAUACAAAAAGGGAGGUGAGAGGAGGUCGAUGAAAUAAGGGAAUGAAAGAUAGAGUAAUGAAAUGGUAUGAUAUAUGUUUUUAAAUUGUUGUUCUUUUGCUUUGUUUAGUUUAGUGUGUUAAGGUUGUGUUUUGUAUUGUUUAUUGUAUUGUAUUGUUUUUUCUUUUCUUUCUCUUUUUUUUCUGCUGUGCUCUAUUUUGUCUUUUUCUUUCGCCUAUUUUCUUCUUUCUUCUUUUCUUGUAAGUUUUAAAAGCAAUAAAGAUUAUUUUUUUUAAAAAAAGAAACUUGUUUUAGUAUUUCUAAUUCUAAUAUUAUGUAGCGUAUUAUUAUGGAGAGAAUUACAUUUUUAGGAAACCGUUUAGUAUAAAGAGCGAUGCAGUAAGUUUGAAGAAUUGUACAUAUUACACAACCAUUUUGGAAGGACUAUGGCUGUUGAUUCCAGCUGAAAAGUGAUAAAGAGCAUUUCCUAAGAAGUUAGAAGCCAUCAAUCAGUUGUAUAAACUUGAGAGAGACUCAUAGCUGAAACUGACUUUUUACUGGGUACCUGUAGUUGGUGGUUCAUAGUAUUCCUUGUUGGAUAUUUUGUAUGAGUGGGUUGUUUUUUUUAAAAAAAGUUCUUGAUCAUUUAUAUUAAGUAUUAUAUAGAUACUAUUUAUAUAUAUUUGAGUUUCCUCAUUGUUCUGAUCGUUCUGAAAUUCUUACAGUACACAUCUUUAUCUUUUGAUUAAAAGUCAAGGAGUCCAUUAGAAAUGAUGGCUCUUCCUUUCCUAGGGCUCUUGUUGACCCACCUACUGAUUUAGAGAACUUAAUAAUCUUCAUGAAUGUUGAUGUUUGAGAAGUGUAACUUUUUUCAGUUCUUGACUUUCUGGAGACCAGCUUCAGUCCCCAUGCGAUUUUCUGGAUCUGAGAAUACCGACUAGAAGGGAGUAGUUUGUUGCUUUAGGCCUUAAUCCAGUUUUGGCUUUCUCUACUUCUUUCACAGCCAGCCUUGUUCAGAAUUCUUCCUAGCAGGGCUACACAUUUUGUGGCCCUCUGCUCAGAACACCCUAUAUCUGGGAGAAGCUCCUAAUAAAUUGUAACUGCAUUGUUUGUAUGAUGUCAGCUUAUGAAAUAGCUAAUGGUAGUUGUAGAAGGUCGUUUUCUUCCAGUCACCCAAAUACUACUGACGGAUAUUUCUGUUUUAUUUGCCAGAUGAAAAAUCAAGUUUGGAUCAGAAAAUAUCUAAACCAGCAGCUCCUCAAGUACCACCCAAAAAGCCUAUCCCGCCAAACAAGGCAAAUAAUGCGUUGAGAUCUGGGAUUUCGCCUUUAAAAUGGCCAGAUAAACCAGUUGUGCAACCACCAAUAUCUAAGUAAGUAUGCCCUUUCCUUACAUGUGAAAGCCACAGAAUUGUAGGGUUGGAAGGGACCCCAAGGAUCAUCUAGUCCAACCCCAACCAGAUGCCUACAGGAAGCCCACAGGUAGAACAGGAGGGCAACGCCCUCUUCCACUGUUCUCCAGUGGCCAGUAUUUGGAGACGGGAGCCUCUGAUCCUGGAGGUGGCUGUCAUAACCAGCAGUUACUGAAGACACUGCCUUACUCCUUAUCUACCCAGUAGGUCGCUUCAGUCUGUAGGAGAGCUCCUCCUGCAAGCUCUAAGCUCUCCAAAGCCCCCUCUGCAGUAACUCAGCAGGUUUACAGUGUGGUUGCCCCUGUUCUGUGGAACAGCAUUUCUGUCAAGAUAUGACAAGCAACUGCCAGCUGCUCUUUCCAGAAGCACUUGAAGAUGUUUUUGUCCCAAAGGCUUUUCCCUGCUGGGUAAAUGGGUCUUUACCACAAGUAUCCAUUUGUUAGGGUUUCAGUCUUGCUUUAAAUGUAGUAGUAGUUGUUGUUGUUUUACCUGUUUUAAAUUAUUCUGUGUGUAAUUCUCCUUGAGAGAAUAUUUUAGAAGGAUGAUGAAAGGGAAGAAUCCAUGCGCAAGAGGAGAGACUGAAGCAGGUGGGACCAGAUCCACUCCUGAGCCUCCAAACCAAGAUUUGGAGAACUAGAUUCAUGAGCCUAUUUUUAUGAACAUGUGUAUCAAAAAAUAAGCCUUAAAUUGUCAAAAUUAUGCUGGCGGGUUUUUGUUUCCCUAUUUUGCUGUAAUACCUAAUGUUAAAUCAUUUUCUCUUUCAAACACAGGACAAAUGGGGAUGUUGUUUCCUGGCGACCAAAAUCGGAAAUUGAACCAGCAACAAAACCAAAGUUAGAUUCUGAACAGUUACCACUGAGACCAAAAUCAGUAGAGGUAGAUUCAGUUGCAAUAAAGAACUUAAAAGAAGCAGGUAAGCUUUAAAAAGAAAGGAAGAAGCAUAACUGGACAAAUCUUCUGUUCAGGAAAGCUAAUGACAUAAAUGCGUGGGUUAGUCUGUGGCAUAGUACGAUGCUUGCUUUUACUGCAGCAGGUUAACACAUAGACUUUACACCUGGGGUCGGCAACCUAAGGCCCAUGGGCCACAUGGACCCUUACUGCCGCUUGGGGACCCCUGCCGCCCGCUCAGUUGGCUAAACCAGUGCGGAGCAGAGCGGGGACUGCCUUCCACGAUGCUGGCUGGCUUUGCAUUGGCUGCAGCCAAUGGGAAGCUGCGGACGCCUCCUCCGCGCCGGAAGGAGCACCGGAAAUAGCAUUUGCGCAUGCGCGCAUACACACUCCGGCCCACCGCAACGUCUGCAGGACCGUGAACAGGCCCAAGCCACAAAAACUUUGCUGACCCCUGCUUUACACAAAUGAACUCCUCAAGGCGCUUAGUUUUCACAACUUGGCAACCCUGCUCAUAUACAUACAUUCAUGCAUCCUUUUGUUACUCAGGUUGCUGCUUUACAGAUACAGUAAGUUGAGACUUGAGUGGCUGAAUAGCUGUUUAAUCGCAUAGAAUCAUUUACUUAACACUUGUAGCUGUAUAUGGUUUUCUAAAUGUUUAAUUGCAAUCUUAUUCUGAGAAAGAGAUCAGAAAGUUACAGAGUCAGUUGAGUUUUGUGUCUUGCUCCCAAUUUUCAUUGUCACCUUUAUUUUUAAUAUGGAGUCCUCUUUUAGCAUAUUAAUUGCCACUCUAAUCUUUAGUUUCUGCACUGAUAUUGGUAGAAGCAUAGAUUCAUAGAAGGGUAGAGUUGGAAGGGACCACGAGGGUCAUCUGGUCCACUCGCCUGCAAUGCCCGUCGUGGAGCUUCAGAGUCUCCAGCUCUACCGACCGAGCUGUCCCAGCUGUCAUAUUGUGUUGAUGGUUUUUGUCAUAUAUUUUGACAACAUUUUAUACUUCUCCUCUAAGAUUGUUUUCUGAGCUUUAAUUGUGACCUCUGUUUUCAAAUCUUUUCCAGAAAUUUCAAGUUUUGAUCAUAUAAUAGCUACCUCAGAUAAUUUAUCACAUCCCACUGCUAAUCGGCCAAAGAUGCCUGGCAGGAGGCUUCCCACUCGCUUCAACGGCAGUAAUUCUGUGAGUACAGGGAACUGUGUGUCUUCUGUCUAUCUUCUGUGUAUUGGGGGGUAUACCAUAAAUUUAAUCAAUAAUAGGUAAUAAUAAUAAUACAUAGAAAUGUCAGGUUUCAUAAUUCUUUCACUUACAAGUCUAAUGUAUGUAUGAAUGAAUGUACUAGAUGCAUAUUACAAAUAGGAGUAAUAGAUGGAAAUGUGUGCUUUUAGCUUUUAAAAUAGGUGGGUUUGCUUCACACAGAAUGCAGAUUUUUCCCUUUUCUUUUUUCCUCUAGACUACUCAGAAUUUAAGCAUAGAGAAAAGUGGGAAGGAGCAUAAAGAGGAGGAAGAAAGUGCCAAAGUAAAGCCACCCGAAGUUAAAAAGGUACAGAAUUGAGAUGGCUUCAGUUAGUUGUAAUAAGAAAUCUAAUAAUAGCAGGUCAUAAUUUUGUUGUAUCCACUCAUGUAAUAUGAUUCUAUACAGAAAAGGGGUAUACAUUUAUUUUGAGUGGCUCAUAGAAAAAGUCACUUUAGCUGAAUGUAUUCUCUGCUGUUCUAAGUAAAAUUUCCUCAGAGUAUUAGCACUAACUUUGUUAGCAACAUCCAUUUUUAAAACUUGCUUAGAAGAUUGCUUGGGAAAGGUUAUGAGGGUCAUAACUGAUACGUUGCUUCUGUGGAGAUGCUCUUUGUCAGAUGGACAGAGUUUUAAGAAACACUGAAAUAAGCCUGGCUUUCCACUGUGUGGGAAAUACAAGAAACAGCUUUUUAAGCCACUUUCGAGUGGCAGGAGUGAGCCUGUGGCCCUCCAGAUGUUGCUGCACUUCCACUUCCACCCCCCUUGGUUGUUGUGCAGGCUGUCAGUGGCUGAUGGGAGGGAGUCCCUCAGCUUCUAAGGGCCGCAGGAGAGCCUCCCCUGCCCCCGGCAGCUGUCUUCCCAGGGGUCACUGGAAGUAUUUCAAGCUUCACUUCUUUGCAGGGGUGGGGGUCAGCAGCAAUUAAGCAGACUUUGCUUGUCCUUCAAUAUACAAUUUUGACAGCUUGCAUUAUUUGCAUAGUGUACAUUUACUUAUUAGAUGACUUCCUUCUUAUUUCAGCCAUCUCUAUUUGCUCAGCCACUUCUGUCUUCAUCACCCAGACCAAAUUCUUUUGUACUCGGUGCUGUUACUGGGGAAAUGAAACUUAAACAGGAAAUAGAUGAAAGGGAGAAGCCUUCUCUGGAAGACCUCAGGUCACAGGUUUUUGACCUGCUAGCUGUCGUAGAAACACUAAAGAAAGAACAUGGGUAAGUUAAGUUGAGGAGGUUAAGGGGUGAUAUGAUAGCCAUGUUCAAAUAUAUAAAAGGAUGUCACAUAGAGGAGGGAGAAAAGUUGUUUUCUGCUGCUCCAGAGAAGCGGACAUGGAGCAAUGGAUCCAAACUACAAGAAAGAAGAUUCCACCUAAACAUUAGGAAGAACUUCCUGACAGUAAGAGCUGUUUGACAGUGGAAUUUGCUGCCAAGGAGUGUGGUGGAGUCUCCUUCUUUGGAGGUCUUUAAGCAGAGGCUUGACAACCAUAUGUCAGGAGUGCUCUGAUGGUGUUUCCUGCUUGGCAGGGGGUUGGACUCGAUGGCCCUUGUGGUCUCUUCCAACUCUAUGAUUCUAUGAUUCUAAGUGCUAAUUUCACUGGAUUUGUAGAUGAAAGAUACAGCAGAUUUAUGUCAUGGCUCUUUUGUGCAAGGAUUUUAGCAUAGCCUCCUGUAUUAAUAUUAUAUGAUGUUUAAAGGGCAGGGUGGGGAGUGGGUUGGCAUCAAGUGGGGAUCAGCAGGGGCAGUAAGGUCUUGUUUGUUUGUUUGUUUGUUUUAAAAAAGAAUCUAUCUUGCAUUUUUUUAAUAAAAUGGACAAAUUGGAAUGUGUGUGUGGAUAUGACCACCCAAGAUUUAAGCACUAGCCUGCUAGGCUUCAGCUUUUAUCUAGCCAGCAUUUUAUUCAUUUAUUUGUUCAUUCCAUUUAAAUACUUCCCAAUGUUCCACCUUUGCUCCCUUAUGGAUUGCAAGGGAGCAGGCCUUUUCUAAGGUUCUCCAUCGAGACGCUGAGCAGACCCAGGUGUCCUUAGCUUUAAGGUGUGGGUCUCAUGUGCCUUCAGAUGAUACCCUGAGACUUGAGGAAACUAUACUACAGUGGAGUCACAUCGCACAUGCAUUGAACUUGUUCAAAUUCAGUCUUAACUUCCUGGGCUCGAGCUGAUCUCCAGGCAGAAGUAAAAGCCUGGAAUGGAAGUGCAGCUUCUGCCUGGGUCUUCUCCAGCUCCCUUUUUGUCUUGCUGCUUCCCACUGUUUCAGCCGAGGAAGCCGGGUGCCACUCUGCACCCUCCCCUCCCCUCUGGGGUGUCACAGUGAGGAGGACAGAGUCUGGAGCAGGAACUUGGCUCCCAUGGCUGGGACAGCCAGCAGAGAAGCAGUGGUGGGGUGACUGCUUCCUGCAGCAGAGGAGUGGCAGGAAGACAGGGAUGCAGGCCGAAGGUGCAGCUCCAUUGCAGACCUGUUUCUGCCCUGUUCUUCUGCCUGCGUUUCUCAGGGUUUGCUUCCCUUCUGUCUCAGUGUCUCUCCAAGGGAGCCAGGUUGCCUAUUGGCACUCUCUCCUCCUUGCCUCAACAACCCAGGGAGCAGGGAAAGCAGUUGUGGAGAACUGAGGGAAGGCAGUGGAGAAACAGGUAGGACAUUCACACAGGGCUGCCCCCUGCUUGCCAGCCAGCAGCCAAGAAGUUUGGCGUUAAGCAUUUUUGCACUGCCUCUGGAACAAAACUCCUGCAUGUGAUGUGAUUCUACCGUGCUGUAGCCUGCUCUAUACCUUUCAGCCCUUCCUUUGAACCAUCAGUCAUGGGUUGUUUUCCUUGUUUCUUGUUUCAUUGGUUGGUGGUGGCAGUUCUUUCUUUGUUUUUCUGAGGGUGGGUCUGAGCCAAGACAGAGGAAAGCAGGAAGGGGCAGCCUCAGAAAGAAGACAAGCCAUUCUCCAGUGUGCCAGCUCCUGUAUUCCCACACUUUGGCUGCAAUCCCUUACCCUCUUACCUGGGAGGAAGCUCCCUUGAACUCAUCAGGACUUACUUCUGAGUAAACAUAUAUAGGAUUGUUUUUGACUAACAAACUGUCAUGGGUGCUACUUGUAUGAGAAACCCUGUAGGGUAAUAUUUUAAAGACAUUCCCUCUAAUGGUAAAAAAAAGGGGAGGGAGCAGUCGAAAUGUUUAUGGUGCAAGGCCCAGUUAUGAAAAAUGAAAUGAGUGUCAAUAAUGCUCUCUAGUUGCAAAUGAACAUAGUUUAGUGGUCAGAUUUUGCACGAUUGUUUAGGAACUAUAUAAAGCAAUAUGAAUGAGAUGGAUUUAAACCAGCCGAUGUUCUUGCUGAUUUAGAUCCACACUGUAAUUCUGGAGGCAAAGCACUUGCGCAACUUUCCUCUGUGGCCAUUCUUUCUGCUUUGAGUCUGGACAUAGUUUAUAUACUAUCAUGUUUCUUCAACCACAAAAAAAGUAAAAUUUCACAUGGCAAAAUUUAACUAGGUUUGCCUUUAACUUUUAAAGGAAGGAACUGGAAAAACUGAAAAGGGAGUUGGAGAAAGAGAAGCAGAUGCGAAGUUUCCUAGAGGUAAUGUGUUUGAAUAAGUUAUUUGAAGCAGUAGGAGGCUUUGUUUUUCAUAAUUCCAUUAUUUUUAGAAGUUGAAUGAGGGGCUAUUGUUUAAUAAAGCAGCCCCUAUUGGGGUGGGAGGGGGUGGACCGUGGCAAUAUGCUGCCCUGUGCAAGGUCAUUUGAUGCGCUCCCCCCUGCCCUUGCAGAGCCAGGCUUUGGGAAGGAGGUGUGGGGCUCUGGCAGAGUCCUAGAGCCAUUUACCUCCUUCCCAAAGACAGGUAAAUACUUGCUCAACUUGAGGAACGAAGCAAGAGGACUCUAGGACCCUCUCAGAGUCCUCACACCUCCUUCCCAAAGACAGGCAAGCACUUACUGGGCCUUGAGCAGGUGCCCUCCUCGGCUGCAUGCCCAGUGUGACUGCAUGGCUCGCUCUGUCCUAAAUUCAACUCUGCCACUAAAAAAUGCUUCACACAUUGACUUUAUUGUUUUGCUGACGGGAAGAAGAAUUCCCCCAAAUACAAAGUAGAGACACUAGACUGGAUAGGAAACUUGGGGGAACAAUACUGGAGCAUUGUUUUUCCUGAGAUAUCUCCCAGUCCUUAGGUUGAAAUCCAGGUGUUGCCAUUUCCACGAGUGUUGUUUUGAGAGCAGGAAGGGGGGCAUUCAAAAUGGCUAAAACCUUUUUUAGAAAACUGGGUAUAUACCGUAUUUUUUUGCUCUAUAAAACUCACUUUUUCCCUCCUAAAAAGUUAAGAUAAAUGUGUGUGCGUCUUAUGGAGCGAAUGCAGGCUGCACAGCUAUCCCAGAAGCCAGAACAGCAAGAGGGAUCGCUGCUUUCACUGCGCAGCAAUCCCUCUUGCUGUUCUGGCUUCUGAGAUUCAGAAUAUUUUUUUUCUUGUUUUCCUCCUCCAAAAACUAGGUGCGUCUUGUGGUCUGGUGCGUCUUAUAGAGCGAAAAAUACGGUAUAUACCUCAUUUAAGAUUAUUUAGCAGCUCUUCAUGACUAAAUUAAUCAUAAUUUUAUACUGUAUCACUUUGAUGUAGGUUUGUAUUAAGGAACAGUUUUUUCAUAGAAUUGUAGAGUUGGAAGGGGCCAUGAGGCUCAUCUAGUACCUCCUGCAAGGCAGGAAUCUUGCCUAAAGUGGGGGCUUGAACCCACGAUCCCGCGAUUGAGUCUCAUGCUCUACCAACAAUGCUAGAUGCCAAAAUAUUGAGGGGAUGAGCCCAUGCUUCUGCCAUGUUUCUUUAUGAAUCACACCUUAAGCUUAAGUAGCCUCAGUUGCAAUUAGUCUAGAAGCAGAUAAUGAGUAACAUGAAAUUAUUAUCAUUUGUGCUAGUGAAAAGCUUUAGAAUUAUUAUUUUUUAAACCACAGUUUCAAUACACAUUUGUAUUCAACGCAUUCAGUUGUGAGCAAAUAUGUUUAUCUGCUGGAGUGUUUUAUGGUACAAAACCUAACUCAGGUUAGAUCCACAUUAAUUUCACAAAGAUGUUUCAAUGGCUGGAUGGCUCAAUGAAUACAAUUGAAAUUCUUAAGCUUUUCCCUAGCCCUACAAUAGAAGAUACAGAACUUGUGGGCCCCUGAUGUUGUUGGCCUGCAACUCCCCUCCUCCCUGACGGAUGGCCAGGCUGCCUGGGGCAGAUGGGAGUUUGACCACAUCUGGGGAGGGGGCACAGGCUCCCCCAUCCCAGCUCUGGUGAUCAGCUUUCCUACCAAAGAUGUUGUAGCACAUAUUUAAGCAUUACUGGAAAAUAGAGACAAAGUUAUUCAUUUCUGUAUUAAAAGUUUUAAUGUGUCUCAUCCACAGGUGGAAAUAGAGAAGCUGAAGAAAGCUGUCAUAACGACAUGAAAGAGCCAUAGACCUUGCCAGGAUUUCAGAGUCAAAAUACAAAUGAAGCUAACUUGACUUUUCUUUUUUUACUUCAAACCAAUGAAUGGGCAGCAUUCCAUAAAAAAAGGAUAAAUGAAUAUAAUCUUCUAUUUAGUGAGCUAAGAGAAGAAAAUGAACCGCUUUUUUGUUUCUUACCAAUAUAGGAGGGGCCUUAUUUCUUACUGUGCUGGAAUCGCAGACCUUUAUUUCCUUGGUUUGCUUGAAAAUACUACUGAAUCUGUAUAAAAAGAGGGGUUCUUAUUAGAUUUUUAUUGAGCAUCUAUAGUCUAAUUUUUAAGAGAUCUGUACUAUAUAUAUAAGGCAGUAUAUCUUUGCAAAGAAACUCUGUAAAGGAGCCUCUAGGGAGGCACCUGGUCCACCCUUGUACUUAUUAUAGCCACUACUUUCCCCACAGUGCUAAAGGGAAUAUGAUGUUUGUAUUUUUUUAAUUAUUUUUUUUGCAUUUCUACCCAGGGUUACACUGUUGUGCCUGUCUGCAGUGAGAGUAUUAAUAAUAUGCUGUUUUAUAGUUCAGGAUGAUGCUGGGAGUUUGUUCUUGCUAUGGAGCAGAAAAGUCACAACUGCUUAAUAGUUUGAGAAGAAUAUUCUGUCACUUGCACUAUAGGAGUCAUGAAAGGGACUUGGGGUUGGACCCCACACAAACCCCCACACCCAGGUCAAUGCUUGAUUUCCACAGGGAAUGUGGGCAUAAGGUUGAAAUGGUCUUGUAAUUCACCCUGUUGUGCCUAAAUAUUGCAGCACAUGGCAUGCUAAGCAAUUCUUCACUUUCAUAAAUUUUAUUCUAACACUACAGUAUCUUACAGCUUCAUACAGAUUUUUAGCACUAAUCAUAAUAGCAUUAUUAAAAUCUUCAUGUGACAGUGAAGUGUUUAGAGCUACCCACCUGUUGACGACAUGCAGUCUUGCCGGGGCUGCUGCUACCUACACUAAGGCACAAGAGGAUUCAUGGAGACUGGAUUCUUGUGUACAUCAUAGUACUGCAAUGUGCUCCUAAAUGAAAGGAAUUGAUUUUGUUUGGAAGAAAAGACUUCUUUUUGGAGUCAUUUUGCCCCUCCCCAUUUUUUCCUACAAAGGAGGAAAACUAAAAAGGCUCCACGUUGCAUUCAAGCCAAUGCUAAAAAUACAAAACCCAUUCUGUCUCUUGCUUCUCCUUCAUUUCUUUUCUAAAAGAGUAUAAAAAGGCAAUAUUUCCAGAGUGGUUUUUAGUUAACCAAAUUAAAAUAAUGUGAAAUCUUAACUUUUCCCGUGUCAGUAGUUUUCAUGUUUAUCUGCUCUCCUUUAAUUAAACAAAACUUGGAUGGCAUAAGUAUUUUGUCAUAGUUGUAUAAGAAUACCAACAAUUAUUAAUUGUUAGCAAGUGCAGAAAUCUGAAUUUCUACUUGCAGGUUUAUCACUUGUGAAUUAGUGGAUUAAAAUGUAGGAACGGAAACGGGUGUUUAAAAACAAAAUGCCUGUUUGGUUACCAUAUUGGUGCUUAACUAAUGACAAACAUCUAAUGAAUCAGUUGCUAAUGGUUUUUUUUGUUGCCAAUUUUCACACUUGCUAACUUACUAGUCAAACCAUCAGUCUAGUGCAGCCUUUCUUAACCUUGAGUUCCUAAAUAUUGCCGGACUCACAUCAUCCCUGACUGCUGCUGGCUAUGGAUGAUGGCAGUUGUAGUCCAACAACAUCUGGGGACCCAUGGUUAAGAAAGGCAGAUCUAGGAAACCUAAUCUGAUACUAAUUCAUAAUUUUUGUUGGUCAACAACUUUUGUCUUGUCUUACUAGCCAGACCUGUGACUUGUGUUGCCAUUGAUUCCUCCUCCCACUGAGUCUCCUGGCAUGUGCAGAGGACGUGGGGAGGAGGGUAUCUGCCCCAGAGUUGGACUUUCUGCAGAAGGUUCAAACGGCACCUUCCUGCCGUUGCUGCUGCAGAAGCUCAAGGAAAAGCGGAGGAGACAGGUGACUGCCGUCCUACAAGUUGUGCUUUUGCUGCAGCCUUGAAAAGCCCAAAGGGGGAGCAAGAAGCCAUCUCUUCCACCGCCCUAGUUCAUGUAAAAAAGAAGGGGCCAUUUCUUUCCUUUCCAUUGGGAUUUUUAAAGGAGUACUUUGCUCCUGGAGCUUUCUACAAAAGCACAGUUUGCAGGACUGAAACUGCCACUCCUUUCUUCUCUAUUCUCCAUGAAGGAAAAGGGAGGUGAUUUUGUUUGCACUGCAAGUUGGGCUUUUUUAGAAACACCAGCCACACUCUCCUACUAUCUCCUGUCAAACAGCAGCUGCUUUCCUUUGCCAUAAAAAAGGCUUUUCAAGAAUUUUUAGGAGUAGCAUUUCUUUACUGCCUCUCAAAAAAAAAUACCCUCUGUGGAAAAGAAAAGAGGAACAGUUUCUCUCCAUUUCUGUUGGGUUUUUGCAGAAAACUACCAUGAGGUGCUAAAAGGUUUUUAAAAAAAUAAAAAGGGAAAAAAGAAACAACAGAAGCCCAAUUUGUAGGAGGCAAAACACCUUAUCCUUAUGUUCUUUCUUGGAGAAGUAUUUCCCCACAAACAGAACUUUUGGUGGAAGCACAGAUGCCUGCCGGACUUGGGGUGAGGGCCAGCCAGAACAAAAGAGGGGCCAGUUGGUCUGGGCCUCUGAUUUUGAAGGGAUGCCCUCUGAGCCCCACUGGCAGAGGCAAAGGAGGACCCUUGGGUAAAGAUAAUUGGUAUUGUAAAGAAAGUCAAGGGCACAAAAUAUUAAUAUUUUAAAAAGAUUCAGAAGAGAUUAAUGCAGAUAAAAAUAGAUAGGUGUAGAAAUGGGGCCUACAUUUGUCCUGUCUGGUUUGGGCCCCCAACCCAUUUUGCAUGGCCCUGGGCGAGGAGCCCUUGCCUCUAGUCCUUACAACCUGGCGGGAGUUCAGCUGCAUCACAAAUACUAGUCUGUGCUCUCUCAGAUAAAUGGUCAAUGAAAUAGCUCCUCUCUGAUCCCAGCUUGUUGAAGUUUUAUUCUUGUGCAGAACAAGAAGUGAGUCUACUGGAAAAAAGUUCUUUUAUGUGGUCUUCACAUAAAAUUCAGAGUGUAAGGCAAAAUGGUAUUAAUUAUCAGUUGUUGUAUGACAGUUUUGUCUGCCUUGAAGCUCAUAGCAGAUGGAUAGGACCUGACAAUCAAUGAAAUCGGACGUGUUAAUUAUUAAAUGGCGUUUUUGGUGCAGCAAUAAAUGAUGAAGUGCAAUGACUUGAUUUCAUAAUAAUAAUAAUAAUAAAAAUCUUCUAAAAGAUGCUGCUAUGAGUAUUUUUAGCAAUAGAGGUCUCACUGAUAUGUCUUAAAUUAAUAUUGUAUAAUGGGAAAUAGGGAACGUAUGCAGACAUUCCAAAGAAUGCAAGUUAUUUCAAGUAGUUAUGCUUCACUGAUUUGUUCACAGGUGCUGUAAAAUUAUGCAUGCUAUUGAAACUCCACAAUAAAAUUAUAUGCUGUUAAUAUGUUAUGUGAUUUUCCCUCCAUAAACAUUCAGACCCCUUAGAUGUAAUUCAGCUAGAUGUAACAUAGAACAAAAUAUUUCCAUGCUUUAAAGAGUCCACGCUGCAAUAUGGAAAUAAUUCAACCAUAUUGCUACCACUGAUAUUCAUUAUUUGUAUUGAGGUGAUGGCUAUUAUGGUUCUCUUUUGUUCUGCCCUUUUUAACUGCCAUAAUCUUCUCAUUUGGAAGCUAUAGAAAGUUGAGUGCAACUUUUUGGGGGGGGGGGGUGUUUCAGAAUCCCUAGUGAGAGUUCUUUUCAUUUCACUUAUUUCCAGCCCUCCAUACAGUUUGUUUUCAGAAGGGAAAAGACAAUCCAAUGUCACGUGGGAUUCUUGUUUGUGGGUUUCUUUAAAAAUCCAAAUUUAUACACCUAGCUGCAAAACUGGAAAUCUUUCCCCAUAGACAUAGAUGUCUAUAGGGUGGUGCUAUAUAUUUAUGCCCCUUCAUUUUUGUAUACGAGGAAUAUAGAUGCAUGUUUUCCUAAUCUAAAUGUAACAAAAAAUUCUAUACGACAAGAUUUUAAGUGGAGAGAAAGUUCUCUUUUGAGGGGAUAGUUGAUUACAACAAUCAAUAAUAAUAAAGUAAUAGCUUGAAAAACACAGCUCUACUGGGGACUGUUAGAAAAUAUCCUUUACUGUAUAUUCUUAAAACCAAAUGGCAUUAGCCUAUUAAAAUGUUUAAUCUGUUAUUUAGAUAC